AAUGAGGAAAAAAUGGCUGCGUUCUUACAGUGGAGGCGAUUUGUGUUUUUUGAUAAAGAAACUGUGAAAGACCCUGGAGAAAAUGGCAAGAAUUUCAUGUUGCCAUUCGGAAUUUCAGCUUGUGAUUCCGGGCGAGGUCACAUCGUACUCGGAGAUAUGGAAGGACAGAUUUGGUUCUUGACACGAUCACUGCAGUUGACGUCUUUUCAAGCUUACAAACUUCGUGUGACACACCUGUAUCAGCUUAAACAGCACAGCAUCUUGGUGUCUGUUGGUCAAGAUGAACAGGGAAUAAAUCCUCUGGUAAAGGUUUGGAAUUUAGAUAAGAGGGACAGUGGAAAUCCUUUAUGCACUCGGAUUUUCCCUGCUAUCCCUGGCAACAAACCCACAGAGGUGUCUUGCCUCAGUGUGCACGAAAACCUCAACUUCAUGGCUAUCGGCUUUACAGAUGGCAGCGUGGUGUUGACUAAAGGAGACAUUACCAGGGACCGGCACAGUAAAACGUUAACCCUUCAUGAGGGCAACUGCCCAAUCACAGGUCUUGCCUUUCGGCAGGCUGGCAAAGUCACACAUCUGUUUGUUGCCACACUUGAGAAAGUACAGUGCUACACCCUGUCUGUGAAGGAGUACCCAAAACUGGAGCUGGACACCCAUGGCUGUGCGCUGUGCUGUUCCGCACUAACAGACCCCUCUCAGGACUCUCAGUUCAUUGUGGCAGGAGAUGACUGUGUCUACCUUUACCAGCCUGAUGAGAGGGGGCCCUGUUUUGCUUUUGAUGGACACAAGCUCCUGGCUCACUGGCACAGGGGAUAUCUGUUGCUACUCACCAGAGAUACAAAGUCACCCAAUAAGACAGAUUUUGGAAGCAGAGAGACAUCUCCAACUGAAAAGCAAGUUUUGACCAUCUAUGAUCUGGACAAUAAGUUUAUAGCUUACAGUGCCGCUUUUGAUGACAUAAUUGAUGUGCUGGCAGAAUGGGGCUCCUUUUAUGUCCUGACCCGAGAUGGAAAGAUAUUUGUUUUGCAAGAGAAAGACACUCAAACCAAGCUGGAGAUGUUGUUCAAGAAAAACCUUUUUGUGAUGGCCAUUAACCUAGCCAAGAGUCAGCACUUGGACAAUGAUGGCCUGUCUGAAAUCUUCAGGCAGUAUGGAGACCAUCUCUAUAUUAAAGGAGACCACGAUGGAGCCAUCCAACAGUAUAUCCGCACAAUAGGAAAGCUGGAACCUUCCUAUGUGAUCCGCAAAUUCCUUGAUGCACAGAGGAUCCAUAACUUGACUGCAUACUUACAGGCCUUGCACAGGCAGUCACUCCCUAACGCUGACCACACCACACUACUGCUCAACUGCUACACCAAACUAAAGGACAGCUCCAAACUAGAGGAGUUCAUAAAGAGCAGUGAAAGCGAAGUACACUUUGAUGUGGAGAUUGCCAUCAAGGUACUCCGUCAAGCUGGCUAUCACAGUCAUGCAGUGUUCCUAGCAGAGAGGCAUAUGCACCAUGAAUGGUAUUUGAAGAUUCAGCUUGAGGAUCUCAAGAACUAUCAAGAGGCUCUGCGUUACAUUGGCCGGCUCCCAUUUGAGCAGGCAGAGAGCAACAUGAAGCGCUAUGGGAAAACUCUGAUGCACCAUGUACCUGAAGGCACCACUCUCCUGCUGAAGGGCCUGUGCACGGACUACCACCCCAGCCAGGAUCCCACUGACCGGGACAAUAUAGAUAGAGCCUCAAUCAAUAAGGCAAGUCCCGAGGAGUUCAUACCCAUAUUUGCGAACAACCCACGGGAGCUGAAGGCCUUUCUGGAGCACAUGAUCGAGGUAGAGCCGCUGUCGUCUCAGGGUGUGUACGACACGCUGCUGGAGCUGCGCCUGCAGGACUGGGCACACGAGCAAAACCCUGAGAAGAAGAAAGUCCUGCAGGGGGCAGCAUUGUCUUUAUUGAGAAGCGACAAUACAGUUUUUGACAAGGCGCUUGUACUCUGUCAAAUGCACAAUUUCAAAGAAGGAAUUCUCUAUCUGUAUGAAAAGGGCAAACUGUAUCAGCAGAUUAUGCACUACCACAUGCAGAAUGAAGAAUAUGGGAAAGUGGUUGAGGCAUGUAAGCGCUUUGGUGAUCAGGAGGUUUGCUUGUGGGAGCAGGCGUUGGGUUACUUUGCACGCAAAGAGGAAGACUGCAAGGCAUACAUCAGUGAAGUGUUGCAACACAUUGACCAAAACAACCUAAUGCCUCCAUUGCUGGUGGUGCAGACAUUGGCUCAUAACUCAACAGCCACUCUGUCUGUGAUCAAGGACUACCUCAUCAACAAGCUCCAGAGAGAGAGUCUGCAGAUUGAGGAUGAUGAACGCAAGAUUCGGCAAUACCGGGAGGAAACGGCUCACCUAAGAUCUGAAAUACAGGAGCUGAAAACUAGUGCAAAGAUCUUCCAGAAGACCAAGUGCAGCAUGUGCAACAGCCCACUCGAGCUCCCCUCUGUUCACUUCCUGUGUGGUCACUCGUUCCAUCAGCACUGCUUUGAGAGCUACGCCGAGUGCGAGGCCGAGUGUCCUACGUGCACACCAGAGAACCGGAAAGUUAUGGACAUGCUGCGUGCUCAGGACCAGAAGAGAGACUUGCACGAUCAUUUCAACAGACAGCUACGGUGUUCCAACGAUGGAUUCUCGGUGGUGGCCGACUACUUUGGCCGCGGAGUGUUUAAUAAACUCACCUUGAUCACAGAUCCCCCCGGCAAGGCCGUGCCAGGAGGUCUGGAAGCUGACCUGCAGCGAGAUCUUCUCAUCCACACAAAGAGAAAUGCAUGAGAACUGACAUUAAGACAUUUGCUUAACUGUAGGCGGUUGAAGUCACGUUAUGUUCUCCCGCACAAUGCACACAACCAAGAAUGACCUUUGUGUAUACCACCACAUCUACACCACAGAUCGUGCUUAAAAGCUAGUUCAUACAACACUCACAACAAAAAUUGAUGAAGAGAAGGAAUCUCUCACAUUAACAAAUGUCAUUGUUGUAUUAAUGCUGUAUUUAUUAAUUUGCUAGUACUAACAUGUCAAAUAUCCCUGUAAUUACAGCUUUGCCUGCUAAGUCUUGUCUUUGGAGGUUUAUGUUGUUUCAAUAUUGUAUUCAACCAUUAAUGAUACUAUCCAUAGAAGUGUGUAAUCAGAUUAAUGAAAUGCUUUUUUUCUUUUAGAUGCAUUUGUGCCUUAGCAAAGAACUCCACAUCCAUUAUGUUUUGAAAACAGUGGAUUUAUAAACCCCCUAUAAAUAAUGUUGUGUUCACA